AUGCGAACAUUGGAAUGGGAUAAUAUCAAAGUGAAAAUCGACGGUCGGCAGUUACACCAUCUUCGCUUUGCUGAUGACAUCGUCCUUGUAACACCAAACAUCAGCCAAGCGGAACGAAUGCUGGCUGACUUUGACAAAGCCUGUGGUAAGAUUGGUCUUCGGUUAAAUCUCACUGAUACAAUAUUUAUGAGGAACGGAUUGGUUUCGUACGCCCUAUUCACGUCUAAUGGAAAGAACAUCUCCGAAUGCUCCAGUUACGUUUGUCUAGGUCAAGAAAUCAAUAUAAUGAACGACUUAGUUUCAAAGUUGAGCAGAAGGAAACGAGGGAUUGGGGACCAUUCAAGAGCAUCGAAGAAGUAA